AUGUAUUUUCUUCAGUCAAUUGAUUCAAAUUGCGGUCCAUCAAUGUGUUACAUUCCUUCAACUUGUAAUCGUGUAAAAGGAAUGAAAGAUGUAAACGUUUGGCAAAUUCCUUUCAAAAAUCAAUUUUACAAUUUGCUUCUGACGUUACAUGACAAGAUGAUGUGUCAAGAUUGCAUUGUGUUCUGCUACUGGUUCUGUAUGGCUCUAGCAAUUUAUGGCCUAACUGAAGCUUUAAAUGAAUUUUUCUGGACUUAUCGUGACAAGAAAUACGAACCUAAAAGAUUUUUGAAUCGUGUCUAUCGUAAAAUUCCAAUCAAGUAUCGAAGAAACUCAAGACUUUGUGGUGGAUUGUUACAUAUUAUUACUUCCACAUUCUUUCUACUUGGACUCCUGGGAUUACAAAAUGAAAUGAUGCUUCCGUGGGUUAUCUUGGUUGGCUCGAUAAUUGUCUUCGAAGGAUUGUUCUUGACCUUGUGUAUGGCAGCUGGCGAACCGAACACACACAAACCGAUGCUGUCAUUGAUUUUUCUCUUGUUUCGAUUUGCCAUAUCAUUGCACAUGAUAAUGAUGAUACGCAGCACCCAAUUGUAUUGA